AUCUUAACUGUCUAUGAUAACCUAAACUUUGUUUUCAGGUUUAAACAUGGUUCAACGCCUGACAUACCGUCGUAGGUUGUCCUACAACACGACAUCCAACAAGACUAGGCUGUCACGAACUCCUGGUAACCGGAUUGUGUAUCUCUACACCAAGAAAGUUGGCAAAGCCCCCAAGUCUGCCUGUGGCAUCUGCCCAGGAAGACUCCGUGGUGUGCGUGCUGUCAGGCCCAAGGUUCUGAUGAGGCUCUCAAAGACUAAGAAGCAUGUCAGCAGAGCUUAUGGUGGUUCCAUGUGCGCUAAAUGUUUGCGUGACCGAAUCAAGCGUGCUUUCCUUAUUGAAGAGCAGAAGAUCGUUGUCAAAGUACUGAAGGCACAGGCACAAAGCCAAAAAACGAAAUAAAUGUUUGAUUUGUACCAUCAAUAAAAUAAUUUAAAAGGA